AUGUCUCACUCAUCUGGUGCUAUGAUGUCCAAUGUCGGCAACCCGCAGGUCUACAACGACGGUGACCAGCGCCCAAGCAAGAAGGAGAUUGAGGAGGCCCAGAACCACCCCGCAUACCACGCCGGCGAGAAGCACUCGCACCAGGACCUUGAUCCCAAGGAUUCCCGCUCGAUUGCCAACCGCCUUAACCAUGCAUCGAAACAUCAAGGCGAGGACGAGGAGGAUAAGACGGUGCAUGACCCGUUGAAGCCCGCGCAGGAUCAGGGUCACGAACCCAGUCGCGGCGCACAGAUUGACAAGGAGCUGCAAGAGGAGGACGAGGCGAUCCUCAGGAAGAAGGGCAUCAAGCACUAG